AUGUCACCCCACAUUGAAAUUUUUUCGCAAAAAAUAUAUGGAGAGAAAAACGAAAACUAUACCAUAUUUAAAUUAAUUGGAAAUAAUUCAAAUAUAGGAUUAUCUCAAUUAAAUUUAAAAGGUUUAUACUCUAGUAAUAAUCUUACUAUUCAAAUCCCCUUCUUUAACGUAUCAACAUUAUCGUGUCAAAAUUCUCCGCCCGAUUUAGGGAUAGUAAUUAACAAUGAUCUAAUACCAAUUAAUAGAGAAAAUGAUUAUUUAUUCGAUAUAGCACUUAGGGUAGACAAUCUUACUAACAGUUUAAAAUUAGAUUUCGUCAUCUCCAACCAAAACUCUCCAUUUUCAUUAUCCUAUGAUCAGAUCUCAAACUCGAUAUAUAUUUUAAAGUUUAAAAUUAUAGACCCAACCAAAGUUACUGAUAACCCACCUAUAACAAUUUUCCCAAUAAAUGUACUAUCACCUCUAUCUUUAAACUAUACAUCAUUCACUGUAACACCAAAUAUUAAAAAAUCUACAUUAUCACAGUAUUCCAAUAUUACCUUUUAUACAAACGACAAAUAUUCAUAUGUUUUAUUCAAUACUAUAAAUGAUAAUAACCAUAAUUUUGUACCAGUAUUUACAAAUAACAACCAAUCAAAUUUAAUAACUACAGCCUAUCCAUUAUACAGUGCAAAAAACAUUUCUAAAUUUAUAGGGUAUUUUAAAAAUGUAACACCUUUAUCUGAAGAUCUCCUAAUAACUCUAGAAUUAUUAACAAAUGAUGAUACCAAUACUACCGAUCCAAUUUUAAGUGGUUCAUUUACCAAUUUACCCUAUCCUUUUGGUGGAGGAACAGGACCCUUUAUUUCCUCUAUGUCGUUUACCCUUAACAAAACCAAUCUUCAGCCACCUUUAGAAUUCCCAAAAUCUUAUUCCAUCCAAACCAUUUUUGAUUGGAAAUAUAUAAAUAGCAACCAAUCGUAUAUCCCAUAUUGGUGCAUUUCAUCUUUUACCCCCAACUCUUUAACAUUCCAGCAUGAAAUGCUUAUUCCUCAAAACUUUUUCGAUGAUUCAGAUAACAACAAAUUCUAUUACCGUAAAGCAUCAUUCUAUGGAAACAACUAUUCAGAUGUUAAUUUAGGUCCAAUUCAAAAUCAAUACUUUACUGCAGAUAAAACUUUAUCAAUAAUUAUAACUGAUAUUUUGUUAAUAUCAAUCAACGAAUUCGGGUAUACACUUAGACUCUUUAUCCAAGAUCAAUCAACAUAUAGUUUUUCAUUUUUAACUAUUAAUGAUCAAACUAUAACCGCAAUAAGUAUGGCAUCAGAUGGUAUACUUGAAUAUACAGUAAAUGAAAGUUUUGUAAUAUCGAUGAACAACUCUUUUACAAUUAUGAUAUGUGAUACAAUUUAUAACUGCCAAAAUAAUACUUAUUAUCCCAAGACCUUUGAAUCUUUGAAAUACAAUCCAUUUCCAAGUUUAAUAAUACCAAAAUGUAACAAUCUAGUCGAUGCAAAUCCAUCAUCAACCAAUAGAAAUAAUAUAAUCUAUAUUCAAACAAAUACCAGCACCAACUAUCCAAUAUAUUUUAGAUUGAAUAAACAUACAGAACCAAUACCAUUUAGAUGGAAUCAAACUCUAGGCUUAUUUCAGUGUCUGUUUACAAUACCAAAAAACUAUUUGAAUGGAAACUUAAAUUACUUUAUAAUUCUAAACGAUAGAGAAUAUAGCUAUUCAAAUAUAUACUCUGUAAUCGGAACAAACUCAAGUGUAGAAAUUCAAACAAAUAAUAGCGAUAUUAGUCCUCCGCUAGUCCAAAAGAUUGUUGCAAUUCCAGGCACUAGUGUCAAUAUUAGCAAAAACUCAAACUCUUUUGGUUGGGAUAUAAUCAUUGAAGAUCAGUUUAAUGGCUUUUCAAACGGUGAAAUUAAUAUUACAAGUGAACUAGAUCCAGUUGGUUAUUCAUUUAAAAUCACACCAAAUGAUUUAGUUGACGGCAAGAUAUAUCAAAUUAGAAUUAAUCAAAAUAUAAACUGCUCCUCGCAAACCUAUACUGUAACAUCGGUUUUUCUUAGAGAUCAGGAAGGUUAUGAAACAUCCUAUUCAUCAGAUGAAACCAUUUCUGCUCUAUUCAAAGUCGCCUAUUCAAAUGAAAAAAGUAUUAGAUUGAACUGUGAAACAGAUAUCCAAGAUACAACACCCCCAGAUUUAGCAGAAUUUGCAUUAUCUCCAAAUUUUUAUGACUAUAGCAACCCAAAUUCAAUUAUCAAUAUAACAUUCACUGUUUCCGAUGAACAUAUAUCCUCAAAUCAAGUGCCAAAUAUUAUAUUUGAAGAUAAAUUUGGCUCAUUAUAUAUUGGAUGUGAUAAAAAUAAUAUCAUUAUCACUGAAAAGGGCUCAGAUUCUAUAAAAUACAAUUGUAUGGUUAAAUUUCCUUUUGGAUUUGGUUAUCCUAAUGGGGCAACAGUGUCCAUUUAUGGAAUUGUAGAUGACUUUAUGAAUGCUGCUGGUUUUGGCCCAAUGGCUCUAUCAAAUAAAUUCCAAGAAUCAUUGGAUCCAACCAUUAGAAUGGUAUUAGGCUCAUCUACUCCAAUCAUUUCAUCUGCUUCCCCAACACUUACAAACAAUGGUUCAAAUUUAAUCCUAUCAAUGGAUGGUGCAUUUUUUGGAAUUGAUCCAAGCUUAGUAUCUUUUUCAGUUGCAAGCGAUUCUAAUCAAGGUGUAUCAAAAACUAGAAAAGUUAUUUCAACAAACAACCCUAGCUUGCCAUAUAAUAUAGAUUUCUUUUCUGGAACAAAAAUUAUAAUGAAUAUUGAUAUUUCAAAACUUCAAUCAAAGAAUAUACAAAUCACAUUAUCUAUAAAUGGUGUAUAUUCAAAUAUAUACAAAUUUAUAAUACCUGAAAAAGAAACAUCCUCAGACUCUAGUGAAUCAAAUGAAUCUAUUGAUGACUUAGAACCCCCCGCCAUAUCCUCUUUAGAUUUUAUACAAUCGAGUGACUCUUCACAUAAUUCAAAUUCUGUUGGGGACUUAACAUUAGCCCCAGAAAUAAUAACCGACUCCUCUUCUUUACUACCAUCACUAUCCUCUUCCUCUGCCUCUUCCUCUUCUUCAAUAGCACCAUCGAGCAUCAAUAAUAAUAGUAAUUCAGAUACACAAUUUGACUGUAACUCAUUAAACAAUUGUGGGGGCGCUUUACAAGGCAAAUGUAUAGCACAUAAUACAUGUAAAUGUAUUAAUAAAUGGGUUGGAAUUAAAUGCACAUCAAAACCAUUAGAAGGAGUUUCUAUAAGCUAUAAUAUAAAUAAACCAACAGCAACAUUUUUUCAAGGCACGGGUAUAUCCCAACUUUACAGUUUGAUUAGUCUUUAUCAACUAAGAGAAAUAAAUAUCACAGGUCAAAUAAUACGUGAAGUAGAUCUCCAAAAAGAAUGGAAAGGUGAAAUAUUAGACUCGAAAUCACCUGAACAAUAUUUAUAUACAACAGAAAUACCAAAUGUUGCUAGUACAACCAACGCAACCAUCCAAUCCAUUUUAUCCAUUUAUAGUGAAGAAUCAAUAUUUAACUUUGCUGGUACAGACUAUGAUAUUAUCCCAAACUCAAUUAAAUUUACAAUAAAUAUUACCAACUAUCAAUUUCAAUCGAUAUUUAAUACUCUAGAAUUGAUCCUACAAGCCAAGCUAAACUCAUCUCAAAGAGGAGAUAUAUGUUCAAAAAAAAUAGCAACUUUAGCAAAUGACUCUGAUCUACUAAGUAUUCAAAUCAACGAUAAAUCGCUUUAUUGUAGAUUCUUAAACACGGCAUUGCUUGAUGGCACCAGAAAAAUCAAUAUUUCACAUAUAAACCGAAACAAUGAAUUUAAUGUCACUUUACAAAGCAACUCUGGUCAAUACUUUUAUGGAAUAGAACUACCACAAUUUACAAACAUAUCAAUUGAUCCAGACUUUUCGCUACUAUUAGAAAAUAAUGUACUCUCAGGCUCUGAUUUAAACUCUACAUGUUCAGGUCACAAAAGAAAACUAUCAAAUAAUGCCAUUGCUGGUAUUGUAGUUGGGGGCUUUGCCGCUUUGCUCGUUUUAAUCAUUAUAGCAACCUCAAUAAUAUUCAGAAAAUAUCGUUUCAGCAACUUUACAAUGAAUAUUAGAAAAUGGAGAUCUAGACGUAGAUCGAAUGAUAAAAAUUAUAAAAUGAUACCAUCUGCAUCAUAUAUUUCAAUUCAAGAAUUAAAUAAUGAUAAUAAUAAAGAUAUAAAUAAUGAUAUUGGUGAAAAUAAUAAUAACGACAAUUAUAAUGAUAAUGAUAGUAUUAAUAUAUUAGUUAAAAAGUAUUAUAAAAACUUAAAUAAACAGAAUGAAAUCCAAAAUUUAGGUUUAACCUUUAUCUGUCAAUUGGUUCCCACUCCAUUGGAUAAAUCAAAUGAUGUUUUAUUUAAGGAAGAGUUAACUGUAUUUUAUCGAAAAUUUAGCACACAUAAUGAAAUAAUUUUUAAUAAUUAUAUUAUCAACCUUAAUAAUAGUAGAAGUGAUAAUUUUAUAAAUAAUAUGGAUAAUAUUAAUAACGAUAUCAAUAACCUAAUUCUUAUAAAUUCAAGAAAUGAUUUUUCAUCAUAA